AUGGCUAGUGGGGACUGGCGUUUGGCUUCCUCCUCAUGGUCCCUCCAGGCCCGGCUGGCGGCGCUGCUGCCCGACCUGCUGGUGUUCGGGAAGGCCCGGGGCCCGGGGCCAGAGCUCACUACAGUGCAGGGGGUCCUGCUUGGCGUCCAUGUGACCGGAUUUACAGCAUUGAUGGACAAGUUCAGCCUCACUUGCAAUGCAGAGCAGAACAUGGACAAGAUGGCCCACAUCUUCAGUUGUUACCUUGGUGACAUUGUGGAGCAUGUACUCUGCUUUGGAGGAGAUAUACUCAAUAUCACAGGGAAUGUGCUCCUGGCACUCUGGACAGUGGAACAGAACCAGCUAAGUGACAUCAUUACCCUAGUGGUGAAAUGCAGCCUGGAAAUACAGGAGAAGUUUGGAGUCUGCCCUACCAAGGAAGGCCAGGAUCUUCAGAUAAGGAUAGGCCUGUCUGCAGGUCACAUCUCUCAGGUUGUAGUUGGAGAUGAGCAGCGACAAUACCUCCUGGUAAUUGGACGAAAUGUAGAUGAUGUCCAGGUAGCCCAGCACUUGGCUCAGGCAAAUGAGAUCAUCUUGUCCUGGAACUGCUGGAAGCUUUGUGAGCAGUACCUGUUUGAAGUGGAAAUCAUGAUGGAGCCUAAAGUUGUAAAGCUAAGAGAUAUGCGGAUCAUAGACCCCUUUGAUUUUGAUGAGCAUUUUGAAAAGUGCAUCGAUUACCUUCCACAUUAUCCUACAAAUAAUGUCUCUCUGAGAAAUGCUGUGGCUUUGGAUCCAAACCCCAAACUUGAGCAAACCUUGCAGAGGCACAUAAUGGGAAACUUCCUAAAGAAGAUGAGUGAAGGCCAACCUGUGGAGUAUUUAUCUGAACUUCGCACUGUGACCAUGGUGUUGAUCAAUCUAGAAUUCCACAAGAAAGCUUGGAUGUUGCAUUUAUGUCAGCUGAUUCAUGAAGCUGCCUUGUAUAUUUCAACAGCUAUCAAGAAUGGAGGUGGCCAGCUCAGUCAGAUAUUUAUGUUUGACAAAGGCUGUACUUUCUUCAGUGUAUUUGGCCUUCCAGGUGAUAAGAAGCCAGAUGAGUGUGCCCAUGCCUUGGAGAGCUCCUUCAGCAUCUUUAGUUUCUGCUGGGAAAAUCUUUCUGAGACCAAGCUUGUUUCUAUCGGCAUCACCAAUGGUCCAGUGUUUUGUGGAGUUGUUGGUGCACUAGCCAGGCAUGAAUAUACAGGUAUAGUUGGUCUUUGGACUUUUAGCAUUGUGGUUAAUGGGGUGGGGUUCAUUAACUCUCUCUCUCCUUGCUGUCUCCUGACAGUUAUUGGCCCAAAGGUGAGUCUUGUGGCCAGAAUGGUGACUGCUUAUCCAGGGUUGGUAUCUUGUGAUGAAGUAACGUAUCUGAGGUCCAUGUUACCUAAUAACAAUUUUAAGAAGCUUCCAGAGAAGAAGAUGAAAAAUAUCACCAACCCAGGGAAGAUCUAUGAAUACCUUGGCCACAGGUCAUGUGUAAUGUUUGGGAAGAGACACCUGGUUAGAAAUCGAUCUGAACAUCACCCUUUGUUGGGCCGGGAAAAAGAGCUAGAAGCCUUUCGGAUGGCAUUGCAGAAAUGUGUGCAGCAAAAGGAAGGGCAAGCAGUUCUAUAUGAAGGUGCAAAGGGCUAUGGGAAAAGUCAGCUGUUAGCAGAAAUAGACUACCUGGCUCAGAAGGAGGGGCACAGGGUUUUGGCAAUGGAACUGAAGAAAACAGAUGCUGGCCAGAGCUUCUAUGCCAUGCAGACACUUAUGGCUAUCUUCUUUGAGAUUGACCUGUGCCCACCCCUUGACCGGCAACGUCUCCUCCGUAGCCACCUCUGUGGGAUAGUAGAAGAACCACUUCACUGCAUUUUCAAUGACCUGUUCUUUGUAAAGUUUCCCUUGUCCUUCAUAGUUUCCCACAUGGAUGACCUAGACAGACAGAAGAAAGUUAAAACCUGUUUGAUCCAGUUGCUUCAGGAGGCAGUUAAGGAAGAAUCACUGAUUUUCCUCAUUGAUGAGGCCCAGUACAUAGACACAGCCUCUUGGCAGUUUUUGGUGACGUUGCUCUCCAGUGUUCCUGUUGUCAUGGUGAUGGCCCUAUCCUCCACCCCUGCCCUAUGUAAUUUGGCACAGAGGUUCAUACAAAGCCCCCGAGCUGCCUACAUGACUCUUCCAGUACUCGAAAAUCCCACACUGCUGGAAAUGGUGUGUCAGGAUCUGGGGGUGGUGAGCAUCCCCCGAGAGCUGCAGAUCUACUUUCUCCACAGGUGCUUUGGGGUACCCCUCUACUGUGAGGUCCUGUGCCAGAGCCUCCUUUCCUGGGAGGUGCUGAUCUUUCAUGUCCUACAGAAGGAGGAGGAGGAGGACAGCAAAUGGGAGACACUUAUCACCAAUGCCACCAAAUCAACAAUAUAUAAGGUUUCCCCCACCACUUCUGAAGAAGAGCUUUACAUUUGUACAGUAAAAGAGGGUGUGAAUCUGGAUACACUCUUUCUUCCACCUUUGUUAAAAGAAAUAGGAGUAAUCCAGUUGGAUGAGCUAAAGCCUGCACAACAAAUGUUAAUCAAGUGUGCAGCAGUCAUUGGACAUACAUUUCCCACAGACCUUCUGCAAUGCCUCCUGCCUGGAUGGACCAAGAAGAAGACGCAACAGGUGUUAAGGUCUCUUAUGGAGUUAGAGUUGCUUUGCUGGGUCAGCAAAAGCCAAGAGACUACACGUGGGUCAGCUCUGACUCCCUGUUCAAUCCCGCUAAUAACCCAAGCAGAAAAGCAGAAGGGGGAAUUGGACACAAAUCCAACUGUUGCUCUCAGAAUGCAAGAGGAGCUGCUCUCUCCUCCAUUAGCAAUACUACAAUUUAGAGUACCUCUACUUCGAGAAGCAGCGUGGGAGCUGUGGCCCAAGGAGAGACAAGCAAACUUGCACCUCGAAUGUGCACGAUUCCUCCAGGAUUGGGCCUGCCGAUGUGGGAGUUGCAGUGGAGGGGACUUUGUCCCCUUCCACCGUUUUGCCAUCGGUCCUGUCCAAAGUUCCUUUGAAAUGUCCUGGUUUCACAAAGCCCAGAAUAACAUGUCUCAGCUCAGAGAGAGGAUUCUGACUAAGUUGCAGAAGCCCUCUGAACAAGAUCAGACAGUUGCAUAUUCACAAGAUGAUGAAGAAAUAAUGAAUACCUUCUCAGUAAAAAAAUAUUCAGUGAAAACUUCCCAGGGCCCAAGUCAAGAGAGUUUUCAGUUCGAUAAGAAAAGUUUCAGGAAUCAAGAUCAUCUCAGAACAGAGCAGGAGUUUCUGGAUCAUGUGAACAGAAUGAAAGCCCAGGCCAGCAAUAAGAAGGAAGUGCUGAAUAUAGAGCCCUGUCAGUGUGGGCUUAUCUUGGAAUUAGUUCUUUCACCUCUGACACAACAUUGCAUAAUAAUUGAAGAUAAUGCCAUUGCUUUCUACUACUUGCUGGAGGCUGCAGCUGCUUCUUUGUACAUGUCAGACAAUUAUAUGGCAUUUUUUUACUUGAAGAAAGCAACCAGCCUGUUGGGACAGUCCUCAGCAUUCUCCUUAAAGAAACCUAAGCUGAAGAUCAGUCAAUUUGAGGAAGCUACUUUUUGCAGUCUUCGGGCAGAGGUGUGUUUCCACAUGGGGCAGAUUGCUUUGGCCAAGAAGCUGGCUAGGCAGGCUCUCCGGCUGCUGCAAAAGAACUUCCCUCGGACUUGGCUUGGGCUGAUCUUCCAGUCCUUCCUGGAAAAGUGGCGGCACUCCCGCUCUCAGAGGCAGGCCCCUCUAGACUGCAGCACCAAGGUGUGCCAACCACCCCCACCCCCCAACAGUGAGAAAAAGUUGGCAGUCCUGCAGCAGCGAGUGCGCUGCCUCUCCUUGCUUUGGCAGCUCUACAGCUUGGAAACCACAGCCAGCAGUCGCAGGUUUUCCUGGCUCGCAGCCCUAAUGCAGAUGAACUCAGCUGAAGAGUUUGUGAACCAAUCUCAGAUUAUCUCAGCCUAUGUGGACUUCUCCCAGUUCUCCCAAAGCAUGGGCUACAAGGAUGAGUGGCUGCACUAUGAACUGAUCGCUAUCCAGAGGAGUAUACAAUGUACCGUUUCCAGAGAGGGCCUGCUGGUCACAGCUCAGCUCAUGCAGGCUUUGGCCUAUAGCAAGCUCUGCCUUGGCCAUCUUGACCUCUCCAUCCACCUGGGUUAUCAGGCUCAAGCAAUGUUCAAACAACUUAGAAAACCAACCCUGGAGUAUUUGGUCCUUUCGGUUCUCUUCAGAUCUGCAUUUCUGAAAAACAAAUAUGGCUUGUGUGUCCAUGUGCUGGAAAGCCAAUGGGGGCUCAUUUCUCAGAGUGACAGUGUCCUGGGUUUAGCCUGCUUCUAUUCUUCCUGCUUAGAUUUAUUGCUCUAUGGUGAAGGAUUGCUUUGUCGGCCCUUUGGCGAGUGCCUCCGAUUCAUCCAGCAGUAUGAGCACAGCUGUAUCCUGUCUUCUCAGAGCAAUGUCAUGUUGGGUGUCCAUUCUUCUCUGGCUAUGUGGUUUGCUCGGCACCAUCAGUGGGACCUAUUUGAGCAUAGCUUCUCUAAAGCCCGCCGGCUAGUGGACAGGACAAAUGCCUCCCUGUUUGGUACCCAUGGUUUUGUCCGAUUCUUAGAGUGCCAGGUGAUGGCAUUACAAAAAGUCACCGAAGAUGCAUCUAAGCACAUCCCAAAGACACGUAUUCGAACACUUAAGUACUUUAAGGAGUUCUUCUCUCGCUGCUCCACCAGCCCUGUGUAUCACUCAUGGGUCCACAAACUUAAGGCAGCUGUCAGUUUGUCAGGGCAUGGAGGGACUGGAGCAGCCCCUCUGGCCACUGUCUUCAGACUAGACAACACCUACCUGCCCAAUACCCAGGUGAAAGAAGCCUGACUGGACUCGAGCACCUCUAGUCAAGGGAGUUUAAGCCUACAUGAAUUUGGCAAAACGGAUGGUGCUAAGGAAUAGAAGACUAAAUUAAGAACUCUAGAAUAUAUACUAAACAAGGAUGAGAAGGAAGUACAAGAUAUGUUAAAACAUACAGCUAUAUGA